GCCAUGUGUGUGGCUGUGGAUUGUCUCCUCCUGAAAUAGUUAUGCAGAGUAAAUGAGAUGGGUUGGCGAUUGGCGGAGAGGAGACCGGACUGAAGGAGACAGCCCGUGGGGGCAGAUCCGCCCCGCAGCUGCCACCCGUGUCCAGAGCGGACGGAGGCUCUGUGACCCGCCGCCGAGAACCGAGACUCGCCCUCCCCCGGCGUCCUUGGCCGGUGAACGGCUAAUGGCAGAGAUGUCCGAGGUAGCUGACAGACCGCAGAGUGAAGUCAGCCAGGGCUCCAGCAUCAGCAACAUCUCCACCCUCUCCACCCCUCUGGGCUCAAAGCCGAUCAGACCGAUGAAGAAAGUGCACACCUUCGGCAAGAGGGAGCGGGCGAUCCGGCGGGACCCCAACUCCGUCACCGUGAUCCGGGGCUGGCUCUACAAGCAGGACAGCUCUGGGCUGAAGCUGUGGAAAAGAAGAUGGUUUGUCCUUUCUGAUUUCUGUCUCUUCUAUUAUCGAGACAGUCGAGAGGAACGCAUUUUGGGGAGUAUCCUCAUGCCAAGCUACACCAUCUCUGCUAUUGAUCCACAGGACCGGAAGACCCGGAAAUUCACCUUUAAGGCUGAGCAUCCAGGAAUGAGGACGUACUACUUCAGUGCCGACACUCAGGAGGACAUGAACGGUUGGAUCAGGGCCAUGAGCCAGUCAGCACGAGCAGAAUCGGAGUUCCCCAACACUUGUUUGGCCAAACCCUCGAAGGCCGCUCCCCAGGAUCGCCGGUACUCGAGCUACAGGGACCUGACCGAGCCCGGACUCCAGCCGUACGCCGGUGCCCAGAGCGCUGAGUCGCUGGAAAUCGCGACCCUCUCGCAGCCGGACCCCUGGGACAAGGUGCAGGAGAAGGAACCGGAACCGGGCCGACUGGAGCCCCAGGCUCCCGCCGACCGUCACAAGGCGUCUUUGACCAUCUCGCUGGACCGCUUGACCCCUCCGGCCCGGAACGGCGCCGUCCCGCCUCCCACUCCCACCAGCGCGUUCCAGAGCAUGGUCUUCGGGUUUGAGGGGAGCUCCAGGCCCGAGGAUGGGGCCGUGGAUCCGCCGAGCAAGAGCUCGCUGUCUCACGUCGAGCAGUGGGUUCAAUCCCAGAAGGAGGAACUAGCGGCAAGAGGCGAGGAGGAGGAGCAGUACCUGGUGACGACCCAGUCCGGCCACGUGUACGAGUGUCUGAUCGAUGGCUACCUGAUAUCAUCCGUCAACUCCCAGCUGCACCCCGGCCAUUCCGCGCAGAUCGGCCUGGGCCCGGGCAGCGGCCGGCAGCGGGUGCCUAGUGAGGCGGGUCUGGGGCAGGAGGAGCACGUGGGCGGCUGGUCAGGGGAGCAGAAGGGGUGGCAACCGGUGCCCGCGGCGGCCAACCCCAGCCCGGAGAUCGGCAGCCGCCGAUCCAUCGCCUCCUACCGAUCGAACUCCCUCCCGGCCACUUCCGACACCCCCCGGUACCAGGUGCUGCACCGGACACUCACGCCCGACGACCGGUACACGGUACUGUCCGCCGGACAGCGCGGCCGGCGUUUGGCGGGCACCCCGCCCGAGAGAGCCUCCCGGGGCUCGCUGGAGCGCUCGGCCUCCCCCCUCUCUCCGCCAUCCUCCCUGAGCCCCCUGCCCGGGUGGUCUUCGAGGGGCCGGGACACUCUGGAGGUCAGCUCUCCGGACGAGGCCCACCACCCUGCCCCGUCUCACUCCUCCCACCGAUCCCUGACCAGGCCUCACACCCCCGUGGGGAGGAUCGACGUGCUGCCCUCCCACCCGCCAGUGGGAAACGGCUACCUCCAGAUCCCGCAGCUGGCAGCAGGCACCCUCAGACCCCCACCGUCGCCCGCCGGGGACCGUCCCUGGGACCACUACCUGGCCACCUCCCCCGCCAGCGUCCGGGGACAAGCCCAGAGCCGGCACCCUUCGAGGCCUCAGACUCCGGCUGGCCGGUUCGACGUGCUGCCCGGCGAGGACCACUUCUCCUUUCCCCCGGGAAGACCUCACAGCGCAUUCAGGAGCCAGCAGAGAUCCCCGGGGCCGGUGACCCUGGGGGCGCCGGAGGAGAGGGAGCUUGAAGGUCUGGCGGCCACCUUACCCAGCCGGUGUUACCGACCCAGCCCGAGGCCGCUCUACAGAUCUCACAGCCCUGUGGACAGAGCCACCAUUCUCCCCAGAGACCACUCCAGUGACAGGUCUCUGUGCAGGCUCAGGCCUCCACCCCACCGGGCCAGGUACCCUCCACCUCUGCCGGUGGGCUCGGGCUUGGGCAGUGCUCUGAGACUGUCGGCUGCGAGGGGAACCAGUUCGAGCUACAGCCAGCUUCCUCCUCGACCUCCCCCCUCACCCCGAUCAUGCCUCUCGCCUCUGCUGCCGUCAGUCAGGAGACUGUCCAUCGCUCACUCUGUCAAUGUGCUGCUGACCCGAUUGUGUGGGCAGGACAGAAUUCUCCAGGGCCUCGUGGCGCAGGCGACCCCGCUGAAAGCGGAGAAGGACAGGGUGGAGAGGUCUCUGGAGGUCGUCCGCUGCCAACUGCUGGACAUCGGGGGCCAGCCGGCCCUGGCCAAGAAGCUGACGUACCAGCAGCGGAUUCUGCAGGAGGAGCUGAUCCAGACCCGCGCCAGGCUCUGCGACCUCUCCCUGGUAAACGGCAUGGGGGUCUGGUUCGCGGCGCGGGAUCUGAAGGGUUGGGAAACGGCGCAAACACCCCCCCACCAAGCGCCCGGGCUUGUCUGGAUGCUGGGGGGCUCCUUUCCCCUAAGGAGACACUGA